UCAUGACACACAGGAUUUGUGUCCAGAAGAUGUAUAUGAGGGAACUGACAAGAUCAUCAGCGAGGCCCAACAGAAGCUUAAAGAGAGAUAUACAAAGCAGUUUAAGUAUGUAUUUGACAUAAUGGAAGAACAUGGAAUACCCAGUCCUCUGAAUAGUAUCUACACUGAGCUCUAUAUCACAGAAGGUGGCAGUGGCAGGUUCAACACUGAACACGAGGUGUGGCAACUGGAGAGGGUGCGCAGGCUCAAAGCAUCAGCACAAACAUCCAUCAAAUACAAUGACAUCUUCAAACCAUGUUCCGCAGAAGAGAAGAGCCCUAGAACAGUUCUCACCAAAGGGAUUGCUGGAAUUGGGAAAACGCUCUCAGCAAGAAAGUUCAUCCUUGACUGGGCAGAGGAACAUGCUAAUCAAGACAUCGAUUUUGCCCUGCUGCUUCCUUUCCGGGAGUUGAAUUUGAGGAGAGGACAAGAAUGCAGUUUGAUGCAACUGAUCCAUGGCUACUUCCCAGAAUUGAGCGAUGUGAAGAUUGCUGAAGCCAAGGUCAUGGUAAUCUUUGACGGCCUGGAUGAGUGCCGACUGACCCUCGACUUUAUCAACCAGAAUCAGCUGACAGACAUAAACCAACCAACAUUAGUGGACGUCUUGGUGGCAAAUAUCAUCAGCGGACAUCUGCUGUCCAACUCCUUAGUGUGGAUCACAUCUCGACCCGCCGCCACCAAUCAACUGCCUCCUGAGUGUGUUCAAAGGGUCACAGAAAUCAGAGGGUUCAACGAUGAUCAAAGGGAAGAAUAUUUUAGGAGAAGGAUUCCAGACACAUCUCAGGCUGAAAAAGUGAUUGAGCAUAUGAAGUCAUCGCGGAGCCUCCACAUCAUGUGCUACCUGCCUGUGUUCUGUAGCAUGUUGGCCAGUGUGCUGCAGACGGUCCUUAACCAGUCAGGCGAAGAUCAGGCACCCCCCAAAACCCUCACACAGAUGUUCACUCACUUCCUUUUGAUCGAGGUGCAGCUCAAGAAUGAAAAGGAUCACGCCAAGCACCUGACCCCAACUGAAUCGGAUGAGGAGAUCCUGACUAAGCUGGGCAAGUUGGCGUUCCAAAAUCUGGAGAAGGGCCAACUGGUUUUCUAUGAGGAAGAGUUGAGGGAGUGUGGCAUUGACUGUGAGGUACACAACGGUCUCUUUGCACAGAUCUUCAGGCAAGAAUCUGGAAUUUUGGAUACCAAGGUCUACUGCUUCGUGCACCUCAGCAUUCAGGAGUUCCUUGCAGCUCUAUAUGCCAUCAUCAUGUGUACAAGACAGAGAGUCAAUGUCAUGGCGAUUGAUGAACCAUUAAGUCCCAUUGACACGCCCAUUUCUCCGAUAGAAGCAAUGCUAAGCAUUUCUUUAGAUGACCAUUGUUGGUUGUCUUUGUGCAAGAUGGCGGUGUACAAAGCCUUGAAAAAAGAAAAUGGAGAACUUGACCUGUUUCUACGAUUCCUUCUUGGUCUCUCGCUAGAGUCCACUCAGAAGAUCCUCAGCAGUCGACUCACCUUGGCCAGAAUCAGUCCCAGCACUAUGGACAAAACUGUCAAGUUCAUCAAGAAGAAGAUCCGAGAGAGCUCGUCGCCAGAGAGGGUCAUCAACUUGUUCCACUGUCUUCACGAGAUGAAUGACAACUCCAUCGUUGAAGACAUUCAGGAGGUUAUGAGUUCUGGGAAGAUGUCGAGUGAAACCCUAGAGCCAGACCAGUGCUCUGCCCUUGCCUAUGUACUCUUGAUGUCAGAGGAGAUACAGGAUGUGUUUGAUCUGAAAUCAUACAACACAACAGAAAUGGGGGUUCAACGACUAAUACCAGUUGUCAAGUCUUGCAAAACAGCCAUACUUGAUGCUUGCAACCUCAGUGCACCGUGUUGCGAGAUCAUAGUGUCAGCUCUCCAAACUGUCAACUCACACCUGGUUGCACUGGAUCUGAGCUACAAUAACCUACAAGACUUGACAAAACUGCUUUCAUCGGGACUCAGAAGUGAACAUUGCAAACUAGAAAAGCUGACUUUAAGAGUGUGCAACCUGUCCAAAGAGGCCUGCUCAGACCUGGCUUUAGCCCUCCAGUGUCCUCAUUCUCUCCUGCGAGAAAUGGACUUGGGUGGAAAUGCUCUGCAGGAUGAAGGUGUUGAGCAGCUCAGUGCUGCGUUUUCGAGUCCACAUUGCAAAGUUGCAAAACUGAGUCUUGGAGACUGCAGGCUUACCAGGGGCAGUUGCACACACCUGAGCUCCGCCCUUCAGUCCAAACUAAGACACCUUGUUUUGGAUAACAACGAUCUCCAAGAUUCAGGAGUCGAAAUCCUCUGCAGAGCACUUGACCAGCAAUACUCUAAACUGCAGACACUUGGGUUAUCAGGUUGUAGAGUCACUGAAGAGGGCUGUGGUUCACUCGCGAGGGUCCUGAAAACACACAAGGCAACUCUCCAACACCUGGAUCUGAGCUACAACCACCCAGGCGAGACAGGAACACGUCUGCUUUCGGCUGUACUGAGUGAUCCAAACUCCAGUUUACAAGCAUUAUGCCUGGAUGUCCUACAUUAA